GGACUCACCGAGGUGGCUACUGGGGAGCUGGAGACAGGAUAUGGGUACCAUGGUGACGCGUACAAGGCCUGUGGCGGUCAUGGCGGUCAGAUCUCGUUCUUCAUCCCGGACUGGUACCGCCUACCUUCUCUUAGUUCUCUGCGAAGUCUCAUGGGCACAAAUCUUCUCCUUCCCUUUCCGGCGGCCUGAGACCUGCGACUUCAACCAGUACUUUGACAUCUCGGCGCUCUCCUGUGCCCCCUGUGGCGCCAACCAGCGGCGGGAUGCACUAGGAACUUCCUGUGUAUGUCUACCAGGAUAUCAUAUGAUCUCUAAUAAUGGAGGACCUUCCAUUAUUUGUAAAAAGUGUCCAGAAAACAUGAAAGGCGUUACUAAAGAUGGCUGGGACUGCAUUUCUUGUCCUAGUGGCUUAACUGCUGAGGGGAAGUGCCACUGUCCCACUGGCCAUAUAUUAGUGGAAAGAAAUGUUAGUGGGUCUUUGUUAGCCCAAGCAACUUGCGAGCUUUGUGAUGAAAGUGAAAACUCAUUUACAAAAGCCAAUGCUUUAGGAACCAGGUGUGUCCGCUGCGAACCAACAUUUGUGAAUACAAGCAGGUCCUGUUCAUGUUCAGAGCCUCACACUUUAGCAGGUGGAUUGUGCUUCAGCAACACGGGGAAUUUCCGUCAACAUGUAAUCUCCACUGCACGUUAUGGAGAACUUGGCAUGUCAUUAAAUUCAGAAUGGUUUGCCAAGUACUUGCAGGCAACAGCAGCUGCAUGCUGGACUCAUGCCAACCUGACAUCGUGCCAAGCUCUUGGAAACAUGUGUGUGAUGAACAUGAACUCGUACGACUCGACCACACUGGACGCUUGUCGACUGUUCCAUUACAUCUUUGAAAGCACUGCUGGAUUGAUCAGUGUGCAUUCUGUUCCAUUCUGGAGACAGAACCUUCCUUGGCUGUUCUAUGGAGACCAGCCAGGAUUGGCUCCUCAAGUUCUCAGUACUACACCUCUUCCUACAAAUUUCAGUUUUAAAGGAAAAAAACAGCUGAAGUUUGUUGCUGCUUCCUAUGAUAUACGAGGAAACUUCAUCAAAUGGCAACCUUUAGAAGGUGGUGUUUUACAGCUUUGUCCAGACACUGAGAGAAGACUAAAUGCUGCGUAUUCUUUUGGAACAACUUACCAGCAAAAUUGUGAAAUCUCUCUCUCUAAACUCCUGGUUGACUUCACCAGUCCUGUAUUUUAUGAUGUUUUCCUUGAGUAUACUGAUGAAGAGCAGCACCAUUCCCUUUGGGCUAUCCCAGUGUUAAACCUAAAUCUUCAACAUAACAAACUGUUUGUGAACCAAGACAGUAGCUCCAGCAAGUGGCUUCUGACUCGGCGCAUUUUCUUAGUGGAUACAGUAAGUGGACGAGAAAAUGACCUAGGAAAUCAGCCAAGAGUAAUUCGAGUUGCUACCCAGAUUUCACUGAGCAUUCGCCUUGUACCCAACACAAAAAAUGGAAACAUAUACACUCCCCUACUUACCAUUGCCUACAGUGACAUUGACAUCAAAAAUGCGCAUAGCCAGUCUGUGAAGAUUUCCUUCUCAGUGAAAUAUGAGAUGAAUCAAGGAGACGCAUUUGUUCAGACAGAUAUUGCUUUGGGUGUGUUGGGUGGGCUGGCUGUGUUAUCAUCUCUUUUGAAGACAGCGGGAUGGAAGAGGCGCAUCGGGAGCCCCAUGAUUGAUUUACAGACAGUUAUGAAAUUCCUGCUGUACUAUGCUGGUGAUCUGGCCAAUGUGUUUUUUAUCAUCACAGUGGGAACAGGUCUUUAUUGGCUUAUUUUCUUCAAAGCACAGAAGUCAGUCUCUGUUCUACUGCCGAUGCCCGUUCAGGAAGACCGUUUCGUUACUUAUGUGGGGUGCGCCUUUGCUAUGAAGGCUCUCCAGUUUUUACAUAAGUUCAUAUCCCAGAUUACCAUAGAUAUAUUCUUUAUUGAUUGGGAACGGCCGAAAGGAAAAGUUCUUAAAGCUGUUGAAGGUGAGGGUGGUGUGCGCAGUGCCACUGUUCCUGUGAGCAUAUGGAGAACGUAUUUUGUGGCAAAUGAAUGGAAUGAGAUUCAGACUGUGAGAAAAAUUAAUCCACUCUUUCAAGUGCUUACCACACUCUUCUUCUUGGAGGUUGUGGGAUUCAAAAACUUAGCGUUAAUGGAUUCAUCAUCCAGCCUUUCUAGAAACCCAUCAGACUACACAGCUCCUUACAGCCGCAUUUUGAGAUAUGCCGUGGCUACUGCUAUCUGGCUGGUGAUUGGAAUAAUACAGGUUGUUUUCUUUGCUGCCUUUUAUGAGAGAUUCAUAGAGGACAAAAUCCGGCAGUUUGUUGAUCUGUGCUCCAUGAGCAAUGUGUCAGUGUUCCUGCUGUCCCACAGAUGUUUUGGAUAUUACAUUCAUGGGAGGUCAGUCCACGGCCAUGCAGACACUAACAUGGAGGAAAUGAAUAUGAACCUUAAGAGAGAGGCGGAAAAUUUGUGCAGCCAAAGAGGUUUGGUGCCCAACACGGAUGGGCAGACGUUUCAGAUUGCAGUUUCUAGUCAGAUGAGACAACACUAUGACAGGAUUCAUGAGACUUUAACAAGGAGAAAUGGCCCUGCCAGACUGCUGAGUUCAUCGGGGAGUACUUUUGAACAAAGCAUAAAAGCAUACCACACAAUGAAUAAGUUCCUUGGCUCUUUCAUUGACCACGUUCAUAAGGAAAUGGAUUACUUUAUAAAAGAUAAGUUGCUUCUUGAAAGAAUCCUUGGGAUGGAAUUCAUGGAGCCCAUGGAGAAGAGCAUCUUCUACAACGAUGAAGGCCAUUCUUUCAGCAGUGUGCUGUAUUAUGGGAACGAGGCCACGCUCCUCAUCUUUGAUCUGUUGUUCUUCUGUGUUGUGGAUUUGGCUUGCCAGGACUUUAUUUUAGCAUCCUUCCUCACAUACCUGCAACAAGAGAUUUUCCGAUUUAUCCGAAAUACAGUAGGGCAAAAGAAUUUGGCAACCAAAACACUAGUGGAUGAAAGAUUUCUGAUCUAAUCUGUGAAUACAGAACUUAAGGACUCAGUAUAAUAAUGGCCAAACCUUGAUGUUGCUAUAUUUUUUAAAACUUGUAAUACAUAUUAUCCUCCCAUUUUUUUUAUCUACAGAAAGAUUUAUUUUUAUAGCUUGUGAAAUAUGAAAUAUAGUAAAAACACUAUUUCCCCAUUAUAUGUUGUAUUUAAUUUACUAAAUAGAACAUUAACACUGACCAGGAGGCAAACAUACAAACAAAAACAAACAAGCCCCUCCCAGCCCCACUUUCUGUGCUCUCCCAGGUUUUGACAGCAGGCUGAAGCCAGCAUUUGCCAUUGUUUCAGAACAUGACCUGCCUGCUUUUCCUCACGGUGUCAAAUCUAUUUGAUUCUAGGCUCAAAACUACAGUUCUGUUCCGUAUUUUCAUGUUUUAUUUAUAUUCAUGGUUAAAUAAAU